CUAACCGAAGCAAGGUGCCUGACUUCCUUACUCACAGCAGUGUGGCAGCUGGCUGGCUCUACGCUGCUGCAGGCACUGAAUGGAGCUCGGCUGCUCUGCAGCACUGGGCCCAGCGCACAGCCCAGCGUCCUGGUGCUGCCUGCUGGGCAGCUGAGCAGUUAGGUCAGUUGGGUCAGCAAGCAAAUGGUUCUAAGGUCCAUCAGUCUGACAGCAAAGGAGGCUUCCAGCGAUGUGUCUGCUCUUCCCCCACUUGCAGAAGGGUGGAUCUGAGCCCAUUUUCACUCCAUGGAUCUCUAUACACAUGAUGUGCAAAUAAUAACUCAGAACAGCAAUGUUCAAGUUUGAAGUAACUUUGUUCCUUUUGGACUGGGUUUUCAGCCCUGCUGCCCACAAACAAGUCUGAUGGAUUUAACUUAUAAAAACAAACACUGUUGGAGCAUUUAGGCUGUGCGAAUAGGAAGGCAAAAAGAUGCUGAAAACCACUGCUGGAUAUAUAUAACUGCACAGAAAUGACGUUCCUCACCGUGUGCUGAAAAUGGGUUUGUCCAGGGUGUGGUGUGCUGGUUCCUGUAUUUCAGCAUCAGUGGUUGCUUAACAGGGCAGUGAGGACAGAUGAGCUUCCUGCAUUCCCUAUUGGCUGCUCACAGCCACCAUGGGCUGUCACACAGCACUGCUGCCACAGCUCAGGCAGCAAAGGCUGAAAGACAGCAAGGUUUGUAGGAGAGGUAGUAACUUUUAUUGAAGUAGUGGAUGGAUUCAAAGCUUGUUUGUUCAAAAACAUGCUGGUUCUUCUGGGUGUAUCAGGUUGUUUAAUAAAAUGUAUUAAUCUGCCCAUGUGAGUGCUGUCUUGCAUAGACUUAUCAUUAACAAUAAUUUCACAGUGUUGUUAGAAUAUGAAAUGUUUGUUUUCUCACAAUACACCUGGCAGGUAGGGACCAGUUUUUGGGCUUAGCCUUUAAAAGUGAUUGAGAGGUUAAGCAAUUUCCUCAUAGUCAAACUGCAAAUGGCAAAACAGAAUUUUAAACUAAGAACCUCUUCACUCAAGGAACAUUUGCAGUCUAGAAAAGGAGAAAGCCCUCAGAGACACCGAGGUACCAAAAUCAGAAGACCCUGACCUUGGUUCUAAAGAGGGGAAAGGUUUCAUUUUACUUUGGAAUCUGACUUUCUGUAGGAGCUGAGACACUAAAACACUGUUCUGUUACCAAAGAUGAGAUGUUUGUGUGUAUGCAGUAUGUCAUCCUGCAGAUACUAACUGAACCUGGUGCAGAUCUUGGAAUACUUUGGGGUUGGAGCUAGAUGAUCUUAAAGGUCCCUUCCAACCCAAGCCAUUCUAUGAUUCUAUGAUUUCUAUGGCUGGUGGUUGUCAUUGAAACUGCCUAUGGAAAAGCAUCACUUGUCCAUCUGCAAAAUUUGAAGGAAGAACUUAUUUUUAAGGUGCUUGACUAAAAGUCCAUUGCUGAAAGGAUCCAAAAUCUAUGUCGUAAGAAAGUGCUUGGGUGUCUAAAUUAUGUUUUCUUAUUGUGCCUUGCACAGGAGAAACUGUGUUUUAGAGCCUCAAAAAGUCAUCUUCUGCAUCACUCAGUAUAACAGCUUUAUAGGAAGUGCUUCACAAGGGGGUGGUGUGAAUGCAAGAUGCCUGGACCACGGGAGGUGGAGGCAGCCAUGUUCAGAACCCCAAGCACGACAAAAGAUGCUUUGUCAGAGUAAAACUGCCUCAAAAUGGAGAACCUCAGUAUCCCACUCCCAGAUCUCAGCAAAGAACAACAAGACAUUUUCCAGAGGGCUUUUAUUGCUGAUGACAAUUACUUGGAGAAUCACGAGGAAAUGAACCAGUCCUUCUGGGAAUCACUGGUAAAAAGCUUAGCCACCACUGAUCCACCUAUCCUGGCCGCUGAAGAGAAGAACAGUCUCCUCAACAGGUGCAGCGUCCUGCCUGGGGGCUGUGCAGCCUGCCUGAAAGCCAUAGAGAUGAAAGGCGUCAGGGCAAUGGCAGUCCUUUACCUCUUGCUGAAGAGUUCCAACCCAUCUGUGUAUCAGCAGCUGCCCAGUUCCAAGGGAAAGGAUGAAAAAUUAAAACUCCUCAAGAGAUUGGAAAGAAAUCUCAUGCUUUCACAAGAGGAUAAAAAGGCUGAAAACUCCUCCCAGGAAUCCACAGAUGAAGAUACACGUGACAGCGAUGAAGAAGAUUUAGGAAGACACAAGACUGAAGGCCACCUGCUUGGAGGUAUACCAGCUGAGGUUGUUCCCUACGGAGAUUCAGAAAUAACCAGAAGAGAAGAUUCAACUGCAGAUGCAUAUGGGAACAAGAACAUUCACCCUCAAUGGUGGACAGUACGGUGGAUGGGCAUACGCAAGGAUGAUGAAUUCUUUCAUUUUGUUAUUCUUUGCUUCGCAAUUGGAGCUUUACUAGUUUGCUACUACUACUACAAAGGUAAGGCAAGGCUUCAACAGAAGGUUAAAUUGCUGCAGUCCAAAAAGUGCACAAAGCCAAACACCUAUUUUGUUGUCUUAGAUUGGACAAUUUCUCUUGGAAUUGGUUUAAUCACCUUUGCUUCUCUGGAAACCACUGGGAUUUAUUUUGGUCUAGGUAAGUAUCUACAACAGCCAGUUCUGUACCAACACGAUGGAUACGAGGGCACGCAGUCACUGAACUACACAAGUAGGGAAAAUGGCUACUGCUGAGAUUCUUUAAAUCGUCACCUAACCUGCCUGUCUCAUUCACAAUUACACAGCGUGGCUGAAAACAAACAUGCCUCUGUGACACCGAAGGCAGAUGUGGUUCGUGCUGGUCACAAGACCUUGAGUCACCUCUCUGGUAGCAAAGGCAGAAUGCUGUGUUGCCAUGACAACAUGUCACUUUAGCAGGGAGGCAGUCUUUGCAGAAUACAGUUCUUUAAGGGGCUGUGCACUUGAGCUGCCAUUCAUUCCCCCAGGACUGGGGUUGCUGAACACCCCAAGGAUCAAAUUCCAGCAGAACCUGGAUCAUGGCAGUUAUUAAGAAUUUUAUAUUUAAAAAAAAAAAAAACACACGAGAAAGAUUCUUGGCUAUCCCUAGGUAUCUCAAAGGAAAGAUGCAGACAGCAGCAAGGCAUGGCUUUCAAACUGAGAACAGAAGCCUCUAAGUUUGUGCUACAGCUUUUGGUAGGUUGUGGAUGGUUCAAUGUGGAAUUACACUUGUCACUACUUUGCUAUCAGUGAUGUCACAGACAGUGAUAAACAGUAAUCUUAGGUUCCUUAAUGGUACAACCGGCAUUUGUUUGGCUUUAGCUGUUAUUCAGUGUUUUGUGUUUUAUGUUUAUAUCUGGCUUAUCUUGGAAAAAAAAUGUGUUUUCACAAUUAGUGUAUCGACUUCGGAGCGUGCUGGAUGGUUUUGUUCCUCUGAUCGAGAAGUUCAGGCCAACAGGUAACUGAUCUUACUGCCUGCAUUCCUAAGCCCCUAGACCUUCCUCAUUAGGAAAUGAGUGAAACUAUUUUGGUUAACUCUCAAGAUCAACGUCUCAAAAUUACAAUGGCAUCAUUUCAAUAAAAAAAUAAAACAUUACAGUCCACUAUAGCUGCUGGAUUUGGAAAUUAAUUAUUCUUGACUCUCCACACGGCAGAGCAUUUUCACAUUUUUAAUACUCUGCUCUGCUGGGGACUUCAACUAUUCCCUGAAAAUGUCUGAAUUCAAGGUCUAUAGCUCCAUUUAAAAUUGAGUGAAAGGGGGUGGUUUCUUUUUGCUGAUUUUUUAAACGGGCUCCAGGCUCAUGUCUAAGUUCAUGAACACAAGAGCUGAGGAGUGCUGAGAAGUUGCAACAAGGGCUUACAGUCAAUAUGUGACACCGAAUUUUAAACACAACAGUUUUGACAAGUCUUCUUUUUUCAUCACCAUGCAGGUAUGAGGAAAGCUGCCUAAGAGCAUUUCAGAAGAAUUCAACAAAACUCUCCUGCUUGGAUUUAUAGAAUUAAAAGAACUGCUUUAUCAGGCAGUCAUAAAAUCAUAACAGCUAACACAAAGCACUGAAACGUUGAACAAUAGAAAUAUAUUCAGUCCACUCAAAAAUGAAGUUAAAACUGAAGAGAUUUGUAACUCAGUUGAGCUCAUAAAAUUAUUUAGAUCCAAGUUUAUAUUUAAUUCUGCUCAAUAUAAGCAUUUUUUUCCUUCCCUCCCACGUUUAUUCACAUUAAGUCCAGCCGUGGUGUAUGAAAAUCAACACAAAGACCUGUACUAUUUUCAGCUGGUUCUGGAUGUUUCAGUAGGAAUCUUGGCACCAGAAAGCCACCUCCUCUUUACCCUUCUGAUGCUGCAAGUCAGGCAGACACCAGCUGCCUGCUUACACAGUUGAGCCCCAGCAGUGCAAUAGCACUGAAGCAGAUUAAUUUAUUGUGGCAGAACUUAAUAUAGUGGGCAUAUAAUGAUUUCUCCCAGUGAAAGCUGGGCAAGAUUUUACAUGCAGUGACAUAAUGGUGCAUUAAUGAGGUUGUUAACAGCAGCAAAUUUCAUCUCUUUGAAGAGGAGAGAAAUAAAAUGUUUGGUUUGACCCACCCCCUUUUUUUUUUCCUUCUGAUAAAAUAGCUUAUGGGGACAUCAUGCAUUGCAUAAAAUACACUAUAAUAUUUCAAUUAUUCUCUUUAGUUUUUAAUCAAUUGUAUACAUAUGUAGGACUAAUAUAAAGCAAAGCAAAAUCAAGCAGUUUACCUUCACAUUUUUAGUAAAAACAUGAGGUCUUCAUGACCAUAGGGGAAGGCAUCAAAAUCAGACGGAAUCAUAAAACACGAAACUGUAAGAAAAUGCAGAUCUAAAAAGCCAUCAGCCCUAACAGCCCAGCUUUAGUUCAGUGAAACAUUUUCAAGCCUUGCUCAGAAAAUUAAAAAGCCUACUUUUCAGGAGUGGUACUUAACUUUAAGCACCAAUAUCUAUCAUUCUUAAGUAUUGCAGUUCCUUCUGCACACCCAUAAAUAUAAACAAUUGCGUGCAGGCCUGUACGAACACAGCACAGCAGUUACCUAACAUGUCAGGGAUUAAAUUAAGCAAUAAGGAUAAAUACAAGUUAUUUUGUAAUAUUUAUAUUCUCAUUUACAUGUACAUUAUAUUACAUGUAUACAUAGAAAUACUUUCUCACAUCAAAUUACUGUUGCUUUCAGUCUGCAAAUAAAGUCUUGUUGAGACCAGUGUAGGACUGUUAGCGUACAACAGUUUUUGAGUGAACUGAAAACUAUGUAUACUGCCAUCCUGCUCUCAUCAUUUGAGUUUAUUUUUCUUUUUAGAUGUCUCUUGUGCUGUGGCACAGUCAGAAUGAGAAACAUUUCUUCAUAUGAAAUAUGAUUUCAAAUGUCCAAAUGCAGUACUCAGCAGUCAAGAGAAUGAAAACAACCAGAAGCUGUUAAGGGCAAAAUCAAAGUGGAAAAACAUUUUAAAAUCACAUAGUAGAACUUAUCGUGGGGAAUGAACAACUACACCCAACAGAGAGCAGAUCACAUGAGAAGAAUUGCUUCUAUGUAAAAAGUAACUUACCCAUUCAGCUGUAUCCUCCUGGGUACUCUAAGAAUUUCCUGAUGUUCUUUCAGAUUCUUCUUCAGUCCCUCUCAGCAUUUUAAAUAUUUCUGCCUCCUGACCAAAGACAACACUGCCAUUCUGGUUUCAUGCAUCACCCCUGCUGCAGCAGUGCCAAGCAUUCAAAAAUAUGAUACAAGUUCCUACGAAGAGUUUCAAACUCCUUAAAAGAGCUUGAACUUGUGUCAGCCAGCAUUCCCCAAGUCCAGCAAAUCCUUCUUGAGCUCCCAGCUUAUCAGUCCUUUCUAGAGCUCUGCUGAGCAUUCACCUCCCUCUAUUGGCUCCCCAGUACAGGUACAUUUCCUUCUAGUAUGCUCACAUUACCCAGACUUCUUCCUUUUUCUCUUUUGUUUGUAAUGGAUGUGAGGCAAUGCAGAAAACAGGAAUACAAGAAUGCACUAGCCACUGUCUUCCUGCAAUACACAUUCUGCUUUUCAUUAUCCAACAAGUAACAUUUCUGUCCAGAUGAGUUUUGGCAGCAAGAAUUCUGGUUUUUGCCCAGCUCCCUUCAAGACAAAGUUUUAAAUAUUCAACAGCAAAUUCAAGUUAACAUUAAAAAUCUAGGCUUCUAUGCCCAUCAUUCUAGGCUUCUAUGCCCACUACCCAAUUUCCUUGCUGAAGCUCAGGCCACUUAGAAAUUCACUGAACACACAACCAUUCCCACCCUAGAGCUUGCAGCAAGAGAAGUUAGCUGUAAAGUACAAAAAACUGCCUCUACAGU